AUGUCCCGUCGCCUGACGAAAGAGGAGUUGGACGAACAGUUUGAACAAUUCCUUAAGGAGUCUGUUUCUGAUGACUCUGUCGAUUUGGGUAGCAAUUCUAAGCGGCCCAGUGUCCUUGACAACUUGGGAAAAUCCCCUAAGAAGCCUGCUAAGAAGUCCACGGUAUCUGUGCCCUGGUGGCUAGAGGACGAUGAUAGCGAGGAGGGAAAAGGAAUACUAUCGUCUGGAAAGACUUUCCGUAAGUCCGAAAGGAAAUCUCAACCCAUCCAAGAGGUGGAUGAGGAGCAGCUCAAUGAGCGUGGAUCUGAGGAUGAGGAGGGUCGGGAACCAGCUAUCUUCAGCAGGGACAGUCUAGAGCCAGAGGAUUCUCUGGUGGCCUCAGGUCCUGGUGCGAGUGCUGCCAGGUUGGGGCUGGACACCCUCGACGAGGAGGACGAGAAGGGCAAAUUUUUCGCCAAUCUUGAAAAAGAGCCUUCAUCUACUGUGGAUUAUACCAGACUGAGAAGAAAACCGGAGUCUGGGGACACCACCUCCACCACCCACCAACGAAGCGAACAGGUGACGUCGAAAGGAGAAGGUCGUAGAAAAGAGAAUGACAGAGCUGAGGGCUCUGAUAAUGAUGCUCCAGCUUCCCCUGCAUACAGCGAGGAUUUUGAAGAGCCAAGCGAGAAAGAAAAAAUUCUACAAAAGAAACCUGAGAGACAUGGCAUGCUUGCAAAAGUCUCUCUGCAUGACUCUCUGAACUCGACGGAUGGGGCUCUGCCCCUAGCAGUAGGUCACGAGAGCACAGGGGAGGAGGCGGGGAGAGGGGUGUGGACAGAGCCCAGAGUGACAGAGGAGGGACAACCAGGCCAAUCCUACGUUCAGAGCGGGGUAAGUGAAAUGGAAGCCCUACAGGAGGCAUACAGACAGAUCAGUCACUCUGCGGAGGGCAGGGAGGAGCACGUGGAGAGCUCCCGCCCUGCCGUUCAGGAGCGCAGCGGGAGCCCGGCUCCGUCCCCAACGCCGGAGCGCUCCCGCGGAACGCUCCGACACGCCUCCACCGCAGAGUCAGACUUGCCCACCGCAGAAGAACUGAUGCGUCCGAUUGGCCUAGAGUCGGGGUUCACCCGUGGCUUUUUCCUCCAGCCCGUAAGCGAGGCAGCUGUGUCCGCAGAUACCAGAGCACAGUCCUCAUUCAGGAUGUCCUCAGAGGAGAGCCACGGAGACGCAGUCCUGAUAGGAGCUUUUAAAGGAGUGGAUAAUGAGCUGCACACAGGAAUGGAGGAGGCAUUGGCCUCCUCUGGUCAGAGAGAAAAGAAAAUUGCUGAAGAAAUACAGAGACUGAUGCAGGAGCAGGAGGACUUCUCGCAGCAACCGGGCAGCACUUUCGCCGUCAAAGGCAAGAAACGUCAGGUGAGAUUCACCUACAGCACUUUCACCAUCAAAGGCGAGAAACGUCAGGUGAGAUUCACCUACAGCACUUUCACUGUCAAAGGCAAGAAACGUCAGGUUACCGGACGCUCCAGACCUUCUGUUGCUCUUCCUGUAUCGUCGAAAAAGACUCAAGUUCCUCCUGUAGGAAGCACUAGAACAGAGAGCAGAGCGUCGCCGUUGGCAACGAAACCUAUUACACGAGGCAAGACCAGCCAAGCAGUUAAGCGUCCGUUCACACUGACCCAGAGAAAGCCUCAGAGCCAAAGGUCAAACAAGACUUCAACUCCCAGUCAAAACGACACUGCCAAAGCGGCAGACCCCAGUCUGAGACUGAGCGGUGAUCUCAUUGCAUCCGUCCAGUCUUUUGCUGCCUUCCUUCAGCACCAGAUUGAAAGAGGAGGUCUCCAGGGAGCAAGUCCUCAACAAGCCCUGAACCAGAACUCUGAGACAAGUAAGGAGGAGGAGGAUGCAAACGAGGAGGAGCCCUUUAGUAGUACAGCUCCAGCACAGGAGAGAUCGUCUCUGGAGCGAAUGCGUCUUGAGCUAGCCAAGAGAGAAAGAGAACUCCACAUCCGAGAGGAGGAGUUAUGCCAACAGCAUAGCAGAGAGCUUGCUUCUCUCAGACAAGAAAACUAUGUGCUACAGAGCAAACUGCGGAGUGCUGAGGAAACCAAUAAGAGGAGGAGAUGGAGCUUUGGUGAGGCCUCAGAUCCAAUCACAGAGGAGAAACUCAGACUCAUAGAGAAAGAGGUGAAGGAGCAAGAGACUCUUAUUCAGGGUUACCAUCAGGAGAAUGAAAAAUUGUACCUGCAGCUGAAAGCCAUGCGAGCUCAAAGCAAACGCACUGAAGAGGCCAUGUUGGCGGAGAAUCAGCGUCUCCUGAAUGAACUGGCUAUUACCAAGGAUCAACUGAAUAAGAGCACCGGUGAGAGGACUGUAGGUAAUGUGGGCACUGGUGAACAGAACUAUGGAAUCAGAGAGCUGCUGGGAGAGAUUGAGGCUGCACAGAGGAACGAGGCACGACUUCAGGAGGAAAUUAGAAGACUGAAACAGGAGAAGCAAGCCCUUCAGGUGGAUCUGGAAAUGAUGAAAAAAGACAGAAAUCUUGCCAAAACACAGCUGAUCCAUACCUCAGGCGACAGAGACUUUGAAGUGAAAGUGCUGGAGGACAGACAUAAAGAGGAGGUGGCUGAACUGAAGAGGAGGCUGCACUGGUAUGCUGAGAACCAAGAGCUGCUGGAUAAAGAUGCAGCCAGACUGAGAGCUGCCAAUGCAGAAACACAGAGACUGACAGAACAGGUCGAAAAGCUGAAGUUAGAAGUUAGCAAGAGAACAAGUCAGGAACAGAGGAAAGUAAAGGAGAGAGCCAGUGACGCAAAGAGAAUUCAGGACCUGGAGCGACAGGUCAAGGAGAUGGAGGAGAUUAUAAAGCGCAGACACCCAAACUCCCUGCCGGCUUUGAUCUACGCCGCGGCUUCUGCGGUCGGAGUGGAGGGGGGUGGAGGAGGAGGAGGUGGUGGCGGCAAGCCCUCCGCGGCCCCUCAACCCCCACCUCAGACCGUGGCCCUGCUGGAGAGACGCAUCCACAGGUUGGAGGCCGAGCUGGAGGGUCGUGAUGAGGAUGCCAAACGCAGUCUGAGAGCCGUGGAACAGCAGUUCCAUAAAAUCAAGCUCCAAUAUGAGGAGCAGAUCUCAGAGUUGGAACAGCAGUUGACAGACAAAAGCCAGCAGGUACAGGGGCGUUCGUGUGAGGAGUGGGAGUCCCGAGUUCAGGCCCUGCAGCAGGAGUUAGAGCGCGUGAAGGAGGCCCACCAGAGCCGAGAGGAGGCCUUGCGGGCGGAGCUGACCUCUGCCCGGGAGCAGCUCCAUCAGGUCCAAGACAAGCCCCAGCGUAGCCCCUCGCGGCACCAGCGUCAAGCGGAGGCAGCUCAGGCUUACCGCAUCGAGCGUCUGAACCAGGACCUGGCCGCCAAGAGCCGCACCAUCCAGGAGCUCACCCGUACCGUGGAACGCCUGCAGAGAGAGAGACGAACCAUGCUCUCCGCCCCUAGGCCCGAACGAGCUGGCGCAGAAACCAAACGACUCCCGGGCCAGAUCAAAGAAGCCGCGGCGGCGGCUGAGAAAGCGGGGGUCGAGACUUUCCCCCCCACGCAGGAUGAGAAAGACUACCAGCCCACCGCCUUCUCAGGAUCCCACAUCUCUGAGGUACAGCUGGAGAGCGACAGAUUGAGACUUAGACUGGAGCAGCUGGAGCUUCAAAAAGAGCAGGAGCGAGUCUCGCUGCAAGCUGCUGUCACACAAGCCGAAGCAGAGCUUCAAAGGGCCCAGGAACGGCAUGCGGAGCAGCUUGCCUUGCUUAAGGCCAACCACCAGAGGGAAAUGGAGCAUCUCCUUGCACGCCAGGCCCUCGAGCAUUCUUCUUCUAAAGUAGCUGAACUGACCAAUCAGCUAAGCACACAAGAAAUAAUGCUGCAUCGUUUGCGUGAGCAAGUGAAGGAACUUCAAGGGACUAAGGAAUCUUUGGCGAUAUACAAGCUGAGAGAGGAGACCCUUCAGAACCAGCUGGCCAAGCUUUUGGAGGAACUGAAGGAAGCAAAAGAGGCCCACAGCCCAGAACUGAAACAUUUCACCAACCUGGAGAGAAAGAUCCAAGCCAUGGAGCUCAGAUACACCCAGCGAGAGAGAGAACUACAGCAGGUGAUAGCUCAGACGCGGGUGGUGGUGGAGGAGGAGCAGCAGGCGGAGUUGGAGCGCUGGAAGAAGCUGGCUCAGGGAAAGGCUCGAGAGCUGGAGUCUUUCCGGUUGGAGCUGGACUCCAUACUGGACGUGCUCAGAGAACUCCAGAGACAAGGAGUCGUCAUCCCUGUACCUGAAGCCAGCUCUACAGUUCCCCCUACGCGUCUGGCCUGGAGCUCCUGAGGUGUCUCCAGU